AAAAAGAAAAGAAAAAGAGAAGCAAAAAAGAAAGCAAAAGCUGCUUCUAUUCUCACACACCACACUGACUAUAUAAUAUUUUUCUCUUUUCUGCUCAACACUUCUCUUCUUCUUUCCUCCACUCCCUCUCUUCCUUUACCAAAGCAAAACAAUACCUUAAUAUAACAACAUUCAUUCUUCAAUGGCAUCAUCAACAUUCUUGUUGUUAUUGUUAACCAUUACUAUGGUAAUGAUGAAUGUGAAUGGUCAACAAGUUGGUAGUGCAAGUUGGUGUGUUGUGAGAAGUGAUGCAAGCUUCAAUGCAUUACAAACAGCAUUAGAUUAUGCAUGUGGAGCAGGUGCUGAUUGUCUUCCUCUUCAACCAGAUGGACUGUGUUUUCUCCCUAAUACUAUUCAAGCUCAUGCUUCUUAUGCAUUCAAUAGUUACUAUCAAAAAAGAGCUAGAGCCCCUGGUUCUUGUGAAUUUUCUGGCACUGCUACCAUUGCUCAAACCGAUCCAAGUUAUGGAUCUUGUGUGUACCCUUCUUCUACAAGUGGUGCUGGAGGACCAUAUACACCAACCACAUCAGUUCCAAUGACCAAUCCAAACAUGUCAUCACCUGCAACUUCAGCACCUAUCUUUGGUGGCUUAUCACCAGGACUAAGCUCUCCAUUCAAUGACAAUUCUAGAGCAUCUUCAAAGGAACUAGCCACAUGGUUUUUACUUUUCUUUUCUUCCUCUCUUCUCAUUCUCUCUAUUAUAUCUUAAUAUGAUCUUGAGGAGGCUAAUUGCAGUUUUGUCACAAGUUAAAGGCAAGCCUUUUGUUGUUUAUAACUUUGCUUAAUGCAAAUGCUUCUUAUACACUCCAAUGUAUAAGUAAGGUUAUGAACAAGUUAAACAUGAUUUGGAUCCGUAACGUGCAGCAGUUGUAGAGACCGUUAGAUCUAGUAAGAGCUAGGGUUGUAGCAAGGCCUUUGAUGAUCAUGCUGAGAUUCUUGAUUUAUAUAGGGCUCAAAUUUAUUUAAAUAGCUCAAUUUAUUUGUUCCCUUUGCAAAAUGUACUAGGUUUAAAAACAGUGCAAUAUCAUUAGCAUAUAAAUGAAUUUAUUUAAUUUGGUUUCUCUUGAUCUUAUGAUUUAAUUCGGUUU